ACUCCUGCCCCUCCGCCUCCUGAAGAUUCUGGCCAAACUUUUGCCUCCCCCUCCCCCGAUAGUGGAGCAGCUAUGAAUGGCCCCACAGCAGAAGGGGACAAGGUUUGGGAGAAAAGCUGGUCGGUUGAUGAAAUUAGGAAAGGCGCUGUAAACUGGUCACUAGCUGGAGAUGCAGGCCUGCUUCUACAUCUGCAAGAAUUCUCGCAAAAGAUGGUGUCAAGGACACAUGAGAUUGAAAAACAGGUUGAUGGCUUGGUUCAUGAGACGAAGGUGGCCAAUGUCAGAGUUCAUAACGUCUUCAAUGACUUCAUCAUGCUCGCUAAUACACAGUUUGUCGAAAAUAGGGUUUAUGAUGAAGAUGUCAGUCAGGAGCCAAAAGAUGAGACUAAGAAAGAAGAACAGGAGAAGAGUCGAGAACAGCGGGAAGUUGAGUUGAUACCGAAGAUAGCAGAGGCGAUAGGUUUCGGUUUGAAAGUGAUCGAAAACUCUUUCGAGGAGCUGGAUGUAAAUGUUGCAGAUUCUGACUCAGAAGAGGAUGAUGAUGAUAUGGUGGGUCGUGCCGACAAGAUUCUCAAAGUAAAGGAUCCGUAUGCUCACCGCCCCUUGCCACAUUUGAUCGGUAGUCCAGCGUUUAUGCAGGAAGAUGAUGUUGGCAUCGCUGAGGAAUUCUCAGAUGAAGAAGAAAUUGAAGAAGUGUCAGACAACGGCAGUAUAUCAGACUCUGAUAAAUCAGACAUAUCCGACUCAGAGUCUGAAUCUAGUUACUCGGACACUGAGAGUGAAACAGAUUCGGAUGCCGAGAAACCACAGAAGCGAACAAAGUCUAAAAUAUCAAAACAGUCCAAGAAUUCAGAUGAUGAGAGCUCAGAAGGAGGAGACCUGUUUGGUACGAAAGAUUCUGACGAAGCUUCAGAUAUGGACAGUGAGGAGGAGCAGGUUCUCAAGCAGAAGCCCAUUGGAGGAAUGGGUGGCAUUGCUGCCGAACUUGCCGCCAAGAUCGGAGCGCCCCCAGCCAGGCCAGCAGACGAUGGUGGGGACUCGGAGGGCUGGGAUGAAGAACCAAAACCGAAACAAAAAGAGCACAAGCAUAAAAAGAAGAGAGCGGACUCUAGCACAAGUAAAGGCAGCCAUCAUCGUAAGCGUGCAGACUCCGAGAGGUCCAAGGGAAAAUCAACAAAGAAAGCAGUAAAAGAAGAGGAUCCCUUCGGCGGCCCCUCGAUCGAGGAAGACUCACCGUUCAGUAACAAAGGUGGUCUAUUCUCGGGCGGCGGUGGCUUAUUCGAUGACGAUAAUGACGGUGGCUUGUUUGGCGACGUGCCGAAACCAAAGGCGGCAAAACCGGCGCCACCUGUGGAGGAAGACGAAGAGGAAGAGGAAGAAGAAGAAAUCAUAGAGAAGCCAGUUGAGAGAGCAAAGACAAAAAGUGGAAAAAACAUUCCAACCGGUGGUAUCUCCAUUUUCGGAGGUGGAGAUGAUGAGUUAUUCACCCCCUCACCCUUGGAAGAUCAGGCACCAAAACAAAAGACGUCUGCCCCGGCGAAAUCUUUUGGCGGUGGUCUCUUCGAUGACGGUGAUGAUGACCUGUUUGGUUCAGCGCCGAAGAAGGCACCGACCAAAAAGGAAUCCACAAAGCCGCCUUCCAAACCAUCAGUUGACUUAUUUGGAGGUGAGGACGAUGAUGAGGGCGACCUGUUCGCUUCAAUGCCACCAGUCAAAAAGGCAGAACCGCCGAAAGCAGCGGAGAAAAAAGUGACCAAGAAAAAGCUGCCAGCUGGUGCAGUAUCUGCAUUUGGUAGUGGGCCUAAUCCUCUUGCCGCUCUGAUCAAAUCACAGCGCCAGGGAUCCGAUGAGGAGGAGGAAGGUGGUUGGUCAGAUAGUAAUAAAUCAACAAGCUCGUCACUGUCGUCUGCUAAACAUGACGCCAAGACGGAGCGUAGUCCAUCUGUCUCGAGUAACAGUCUGUUUGCCGAGGAACCGGAAGAACAGAAAACUGAAAAGAAACCUAGCAAACCUAGUUCCAAGGUGAGCUCAGGUUUGUUUGAUGACGAGGAGGAUGACCUAUUCUCUGGGCUGCCGAAGACCAAACCGGCCGCAAAGGCAGCGAGUAAACCUAACAAACCAAGUCUGUUUGUCGAGGAUGGUGAGGGAGACUUAUUCGGUUCGGCAUCUCCGCCGGCUCCAGCAGCUGCUCCUGCCAAGAAGAAACCCACAGGGGGCGUAUCCUUAUUUGGUGGUGCAGACCUGUUUGGUGACAGUUUGAAGAAAACGCCAGAGCCAGAGGAGAAGAAGAUUGCACCCCUUACCGAGCCUGCUCCUUCGCCCGCCAAGCCAAAGACGACAGUGAAGAACUCACCGCUGUCGUUGUUUGACGAUGAUGAUGAAGGCGAUGGUGGUGACCUAUUCGGUGCAGCGCCGCCGCAAAAGAUAAAACCUCCAGAUGACAAGAGGAAGAGGACGAGGAGUAAGAGUCUGUUCGAGGAUGAGGACGUGUUGUUCGGGACGUCUCCAGCUGCUCCUGAGGACAACCCUACCGUGGAUUUGUUUGGUGCUAACAGUCCCCUAACUCCCUCAGAGUCGAAAGCCAAGCCAUUCCCAAAAGAAGAGCCCAAGGCUUCCCCAAGCGUGAAAGUCACUGGAUCAACCACGAAAUCCAGCAGUACUGACUUGUUUGGUGGAGAUGACACGACGGAUGAUCUCUUUGCUGCGCCUGCCAAGAAACCGGAGCCGAUAAAAAAGCCAACUGUCCUACCAUUAGGUGGCGCCACUGAAGAUGAAUCCUCAUCUGAUAUGUUUGUUGCUCCUGCCAAGCCUGCUGCUCCAGUUGUCAAGUCCAAGAAGCCAGUCGGUGGUGUGUCCAUGUUUGGUGGCAUGGACCCCUUCGCAGCAAAGAAAGCGGCCUCUAGUCCUAAAGAAGAGAAACCAGAAGUUGUGCUGAAAAUGCCAGUGGCAGAUCCGUUAUUUGAUGAUGCAGAUGACACGUUCGGUAAACCGGCCCCAAAAGUUGAAAGAACGCCGGAACCAGUUAGCAACGUCGACACGCAACGGAGCAGCGUUAGUCCCUCGAAAAUCAAGGCGGCCGGGUUGAACAUCAAUCCUCAAGCUCUGCUGCCUGGUGCAGCUCCACCUAUCAAAGAGCCGGAGCAGGUGGCGAUUGGGUUCGAUCAACCGGCCUCGGCGAAUACUUUACAAUCAUUGACAAAGGGUCGAGCGAAAAUACAACAAAAAAGACGUCUGCCAUCACGAGGUCGUGGUGGUCCGCAAGGUGCUUCAAAUGGACAGCAAAAUGGACCAAUUGACGAAAUAGACGCAUUAACAACAGUAUUAGAGGCUCCACCUGUGGUGAAUUCUAUAGUUACUCAGCCGAAAUUGCCAGAUAUAACGUCACAACCGCCUGAGGUGACAGCUACACCUCCUGCUGGAAGAGGUCGCGACUUAUUCGGAAAUGAUGAUUUAUUUCCUGAAACUAGCCAAUCAGAUCCUUUGUUUUCAUUUGGUGCGGAUUCCUCGUCAACAAAAAAAGAUUCCACAGACAAUGACAUGUUUAAAUCUGUUGAAAUAUCAAAGGGUAAUGGUCCGCCGUUAGGUGACGAGGACGAUAUAUUCGGGUCCGGGAAAAAAUCAGUUCCGCAGAAACAGGAUUCUGGUGAUAUCAUCAGUGCAAAAUCAUCAGGUUUAGCAGACGGUGAUGACAUAUUCGCCUCUGGACCUAAGAAAAGUAAAGUGCCUAGUGACUUAGAUAUUUUUGCUCCAAAAUCAAGCCAGAAAAGUGAAACAAAUGACAUAUUCAGGAGUGCAGAGGAGAAAAAUGGAGAGAAGCCGGCCCCAGAUUUAUUCAAAAGUCCGGCAACAGAUGAAGAGGAUAUCUUUGCAUCGAAAUCAACAAAGGUUACAAAAUCAAAAUCUAGUGUUAUGGAUGACAAUGAUGACAUAUUUGCUGAUUCCAGUGUCAAUAAGAAAAAAGAACCGAAGCCCGUCGUCACUGAAUCGCAGCCCUCUGCCACGGCCAUGGAUGAUGAUGAAGUUGACAUAUUUGCCCCAAAAACAAAACAGUCAACAACGACUAAGAAAGCAGACGCAUUUGAGGACGAUGAUGACCUAUUCGCCAAACCUGUCAAGAAAGUCACUAAGCUUAAGAAGGAGAAGACGAAAGAUGAAGACUUGUUCAAAGAUGAGACGGACAUCUUCGCGUCGCUACCUGCGUCUGCGCCUAAGGAGAAGAAGAAGAAGAAGAAGACAGAUGCAGGGUCCAAGAGUUUGUUCAAGGGAGAUGUUGACGAUAUCUUCGCAACACCCAAGUCCUCCUCACCGACAUCGAAACCCAAGACCAAAAAAACGACCACGCCGAAGAAAAAGACGACGUCGGCAAAAGAUGACGCUUCAAUAUUCGAUGAAAAUGCUCCGAGUAUUUUUGACGACCCUCUCAAUGCCAUGCAGUCGUAGCUGUACUGAUCAAAUGAAGUUUGAUUGCUGCUCAAUAAAUUUGACUUCGUUUGUGCUGGGAGUAACUCUUGAGUUGGGAGUGUUGCCGGGCCAGCCUCACCAAGACUGAGAGCUAAGCCUGGGUAUUUCGACAACAGGACAGGGGUUACUCUCGGUGCGUCAGGCAAGCAGUUUUCAAGUUAGAUUCACGUACGAUACUCAAUUCAUAACCUGACGUCUACUGCCGCUCUGACCUUAAAAUAUGUUGGCACUUUCAGCUUGUUUUGUUUCUCUAUAUGUUUGAAAUUGGUCAGCCCACAUGGGAGCAUUUUAAGGUCAAACCCUCGAUAGAUCAUCUUGAUGCAAGGUAAUCAUAAUUUCGAAAGUGUUGCAUCUUUCGUUGAAAAUUUUGAUCUAAACUGCCACAUCUUGGGCUAGGCGGAUAAUCUAACUUUACAACUGCUUGUCAAAUUGUCCAGAAUUUGCCACUUCAAUUCCAUUAUAGAUUUAAAUUGUUUAUAAGAGAUUAUUUGUAUAGCCCUAACUGUGAUCAGGAACAGACAUUCAAAUAUUGUGACAAACUUCACACAAUCAGGCCAAGUUAUAGAAAAUGUACUGUAAGGACAGCAAGGAGCUACUGCUCUGCAUUGUAAUGUAAUAUUCAUUAACUAAAUUAAGUGCUUCAUGUAUUAGAAAGUCAUGAUGUCUCUUGACCAGUUUUACAGUAUACCAUCAUGUUUGCACAUGCAAAAUGCAUGAUAACUUAUUCCAGGGUUAUCAAGAUUGUUAUCAGAUGGGAACUAAGAAGGUCUCAGUGUUUGUUGGGGAUUUGAUCAAAAUAUAUAAUCAAGCUGCUAAAGUUGCAAGAAUGAUAUUAUAUAUAGCUUUAUGUGGACAUUUGUCCAGUGCUUGGGGAUCCAAAAUGACCUGUAUACUUGUUGCGUUAUGAUUUUCCAUGACCUCCAACCAUCAUUGACACAGGGAGGUGAUUUUUGGGUCAAGACAUUCUGCAGGAUCCAGAAAGAGUGAGGUGGCCUAUUGUGUUGCUUUAUGAAUUCUGAGGGCAGCAUUUAACUUCCAGGGUUUAGAUGUUGUGCGGUGAUGUGCAGUAACCAGUCUUGUGAUUGUUAGUGUAUCAACAGUUUAUGCAUUUACCCAAGGAGGGUAGUGAAAGUGUGUCACUAUGGAGUUAUUUGUGUACAUUAUGCUUGUGAUAUAUACAUGUACAUGUAAUGCAAAGAUGAGAUGAAAUUCUAAUUCGAAACAUAAUCAUAUCAGGACUUAGAGGAACUCUUCUAUUUCUAAACUAUUCUUUGGGUAAAUUUUUUUCAAAUACAUGUAUGUUACCUCAGGCUAUAACAAGGUGAAAUUGGCUGCCCACACUUAAAAUGAAUAAACAAUAUAUGACACUUUUCUGUGGGCCAUACUCAACUCCAAAGUGACGCACUUCCAUCCCUCUUUGGCAUUUAUCUACAGUUUUUGUUAGUACAGAAGUACAGGGUGUCUCUAAAAGAAUGCCGACUGGGUUUGAAGCUCUAUUGAUUUUGGAGCUAACUCCUAUCUUAUACAGGUGUAGGCAGACUUGGUUCUGCUAGAAACUUAACAGAAUCCCUUUUAUAUGAUAAUUUAUAUACUUAAGCCUGUCGUCUGCUAUCAAAAAAGGACUAAUGUACUCCACAAGUCAAAUUUGGAUGAAAUGCAUAUCUGUCCCAGCUAACAAUAGCCAGCGCCCCUAAUUUGGAUACAGACAACGUUAGACUUUGUGUAUGAGAGGCCUGGCGGAUGAAAUUCAAUACUGAAGGUAAAUGCGAUGGUGUCAUCAUCCUUAGUAACACCCUGGACCUGUGAGUCCCACAAAACAGCGCACUUAACAAUCUGUACUUGCUUUAAAGACCACAGUGACCUCUUUGUUAUAUUUGGAGACAGUUUAAGAAAAUUGAAUAUUCAAGGUAGUAAUCCUGGAUUGUAAUAAUAUGUAAUAAUAUGUAUCAAUAUUAUGUACAAAUUGUAAAGAAAUUGUCUAUUAAGUAUUAUCUUAAUCAGGUAAUAAAAAGUAUAUGAUUUA